AUGGACCAGCCUCACAGGCGGACAAGAAAAUGGCACUUGAUGGACCUGAGCGUCAGCACUCUGCUCAUGUCUCUUGCUCUUGUUCUUCCGUCUUGUGUCUCCGCUUAUCAGCCCGUAUACUUCAGGUCUCAGGAAGCAACGCCAUUUAUUCCACCACAAGUGCCUUCAGCUGACCCGCAAUCAUUGUCUGGGACGCACGAAUUUACCCUUCGCCACAUCGUUCAGCGAGGAGCCUACGAGUAUCCUGAGCUUCACAGAAGGCUCGACAUCAAACCAAACACACAACUACGAACGGUUUCCGAAGAUGGAAUAGAAGAUAAUGAGCCUGCCGUUUUCAACGUACCCUUCGUUGCAUCCUCCGAGCCGGUUACCAUUGAGCGACUAGCAGAUCGACGUUUAUCCGUAAUCGAAGAACACUUAGCGGCUGCGAGAAGUGCCGGAUCAGCAGUCACCCUUAGUUCAUCACAAUGGACUAAAGAUACUUUGGCGGGACCAAAUGUUACGGAUAAGAAGACUAUCCUUACUUUUGCAAAAAUGACAGCAAAUGAUUACAUUGAGGUACCAGGUACCGAGGACUGGCAGGAUAUUAACGGUAAACUGAAUUAUUCUACGAGUUUUGGCUGGCAGAACGAUGGGCUUCGCGGUCAUAUUUAUGCAGAUGAUACGAACAGCACUAUUGUCAUCUCGCUGAAGGGGACGUCUCCUGCACUUUUCGAUGGGGCUGGGACGACUACCAACGAUAAGGUGAAUGACAAUCUCUACUUCAGUUGCUGCUGUGGUCAGGGCGGUUCCUAUCUGUGGCGGGAGGUUUGCGAUUGCCAGAAAUCUGCCUUCAAUGCCAAUUUGACCUGCAUAAUCGAAGCCAUGAAUGACGAGAAUCGAUAUUAUCGUGCCUCACUCGACUUGUACUCCAACGUUACAGAACUAUAUCCGAACGCGAAUGUCUGGCUGACGGGCCAUUCAUUGGGAGGUGCCAUGGCUAGUCUCCUUGGAUUGACUUUCGGGCUGCCGGUUGUCACUUUUGAAGCUGUGCCGGAAGCACUUCCCGCCGCUCGGCUCGGACUACCAACCCCGCCUGGAUAUAACCCAGCUUUGCCCCAAGCGAGAAAGUUCACAGGAGCAUAUCACUUUGGACAUACCGCAGAUCCUGUCUACAUGGGAACAUGUAAUGGUGUCAGUUCUGUCUGCACAUGGGGUGGAUACGCCAUGGAAUCUGCAUGUCAUACCGGCCAAAUGUGCGUUUACGAUACCGUUGCAGACAAGGGGUGGCGCGUUGCGAUUGGUACACAUCGCAUCAAAGCCGUCAUUUCAGAUGUUAUUGAGGUAUAUGAUGACUUGCCGCAAUGUGCGCCAGAAGAAGAGUGUUACGAUUGUGAGUUGUGGAAGUUCUUCCGAAGUAACGGCUCUGAGAUUACUACUACGAGCUCAACUACGACUACUUCUACCAUAACUACCUCAACCAGGACGACUACCUGUAAAACCCCUGGGUGGUGGGGCUGCUUGGAUGAUAGCACAACCACUGAUCCUCCGACUACCACCACUACAACGAGCUCCACCUGCAAAACUCCGGGUUGGUUUGGGUGCAAGGAUCCGACGAGUACUACGGCAACCACGACAACUGAGGCGCCCACCACAACCACAACCUGCAAGGAUCCAGGAUGGUUCGGCUGUCGCGACCCCACGUCUCCGACAACCUCGACUGCUCCUCAGACUUCCACUUGUGAAACCCCGGGGUUUUUCUGGGGUUGUUAUGACACCCAAACCGCGGUCGACCACCUCAUCACUCCAGCACCAAUCCUUAUAGAUCUUUAA